UACGAUCAAGUUCAUGCUAAGUUUAAUUUUAUGCAUUCUUUAUCGUAAAUCAAGUAUCGACUGGAUUUGGACUAAAUGCCCAGUCCAACUACGAACGUAAUUUCCUUCGAGCAAAUCUUUUGUCAUUAGCGAAGUCACUAGAAUGUCGAUUACAUUCACGAUUAAACUCGAUUCUUUGUGAAUUUUGUAUUUUAAAAUCUGAUCUGAUCGAAUAUCGCCAGUCAUUUGUCUACUUGCUUUUGGUAAACGACGUUUAAUGUGUUUAUGGUGUAAAAUGGAUAACAUUUUCGGUUUUUUUGUUGUUCUUGGAGUAUCUGCAAGCUUAGUAUUUGGUGCAAAUGUUCCUUCGAAUGAAGAUUACGCUGGGAAAUUAUUCGGUAGUUUAUUCAACAAUGAUAUUCCAGAAGCAUCAUCGCCGUCCGCAUCUGUAAAUGGUCAAGGAAGAAUAUUUGGCAGUAUAUUUGACGACGAAGUUCCUCACCAAGCUCGAAAUGACACCCCAAGCACAUCUGCGCCAACAACAACAACAACUACAACAACUUCGAAGCCUACGACGGUGUCAAAACCAGAAACAGAAGUCGUCUAUAUUCCUGUUCACCAAGAACCGUCUUACGACCCGAAUUAUUUUCCGAUGAUUCCGCCGUAUCCUGUAUUGUACAGCGCACCGAUGGACUCUCGUUAUCAGCUCAACGACUUUGGAUCUUAUUACCCUAUUAUGAACCAAUUUCCUUCGGCGUAUGAUUCCGGUUUGCAAAAUUCACCGUUGUUUAAUCAAGAUCCUAUCCGCAGCCCGUUGGAAAAAAUUAUUUAUCAACCUAUCUCGCAAAACGCUGUGCCUACAAUUAUGAAACCCGAUUCCAGCUACGUUGGUUCUGAUAGGCUGAUCCUGCAUCCGAUCUACGAAAAUUCUUUGCCUAAUAAUUUUUACGGUGAUAUUAUUCCUUCGAACGUGUUGAAUCCUAAUGUGGUUUCUUCGAAUAAUCCUACUAAAAUCCCUUCGAACGUUAAGCCUGAUACUGAGAAGAAAAUUAUAUUGAAACCGGUCUUCGAGAACAAUCCUUCAAGCUUAGGUCAACUUACAGAAUACGGUCGAGACGAAUUGAAUAGACAAAUUAUGAAAUUAAUCGACAGCUAUUUAAUUAAAACAAAACAGAUUCCGUCUACCAGCAUCGAAUCUCAUACCGAACAAAAUAUCGACGAGACGAGCGAAAAUUCUGAUGAAUAUCCAGUUAUCCAGCCAUCGACCCCGUCUCCUAGUAACUAUACCACGUCUUCGAUUACCCAAGAACAAACCAACAAGGUGCACCGAGUGAUUACAACAACUGAAUUCAACGCCACCCAUAAGAUUCCCCAAACCGAAGUAGUUUUCGAUUCCGAUAAAGUAUUACCAGCAUUGACCAAUGAAACAUUUCAAAGCUCCAUCGAAGUAAAUCAAUCUAUCGCCGGGACAGUUGAGAAUGGUACAGAUGAUUCGAGUAAAUUGGAUUCUAACGCUAACGAAAAAGUCGAUGUCGAAGCUGAUAUAUUGUCUACCAUUUCUCCGAAAGAUUUGAUUACAAGGUUGGAAAAUAAUCGAACGUCUGUCAACGAUUCCAAAUUGAACGAUCGUUUUAUAACCGAAUCCGCUACGAUGGAGCCGACAGUUCGUACUUUUACCGAUAGCAAGGGAAACAAAUGCACUGAGGAAACAGUCGCCGUCAAUGGCAAAGAAUACAACUUGUAUCGUUGCGAAGAGAAAAGUUUCGAUGGAAAAUACGACCAACUCGCGAGGAAAACUGUUAAACCGGAUGUGACAUAUUUUACCGAAGAAUUACCAUCAGCCACUGAAUCUGCGCCAUCGAACGAUAAAAAUAAUCAAGAGUCGGAUGAAUCUGCGAAACAUAAAACCGAGAGCUCUACGUUGAAUACCGUCGUGUAUUCCACGAAUUUUGACGAAAUAGAGUAGGUUUAGAUUUCUUUUGACAUGUCACGCUAUAGGUAGUAUUUAUUAUUAGGGAUUUAUUUGAUAGAUGCGGCUGAUUAAUUGGCGGCCUAUUUUAGUGGUUUUAAAACGUAGACAUAUUUUGAGAUAAAAUUAAUUAUUUAAUUCUAGAUUUAUCGCAUUGCUUAUAAGUAUCUACUUAUUUCUAUUCAAUUUGGUUACUGAUCGUUUCCAGUACAAAUAGAACUAUUUCUAUUUUUAAUAUUAUUCGAUUAAUUUUCGAUUUUUUUUUUAAAUUUAAUUUAUUUUCGAUGACUUUAAUUUAUUACGCGUGACUUUAUUUGUAAUUUGUAUUUAAUUUUUACGAGCUUUCAGAGUUGAUCUAUUUUUGAAGCUCGAUGCAUUUGUUUAAAAGACGAAUAAAAAAAAACUUCUAUAACAA